AUGAGGCUUAAAACCUAUAAUAGUCUUGACGAGGCAUUCCAUGAUGCAUCCAAGGUUGAGACGGAUCUAAAAGAAGAGAGGUCCUACAAACACAAAAGCAAAUCGUCUUCAACUUGGAACAAAGGCAAAGAAAAGUGGAAUACUUCCUCUUGGGAUAAGCCCAAGAGCAACACUCAAGCACCUCAAGCCAAAUUUACUAAAAAGCCAAUGGUGAUGACAUGGCUAAAGGAGGGGACGAAGUACAUUCUUAACCCACUAACUCUUUACCAAGUGAGUGAGGAUUAUAGAGUGAUGAGGGAGCUUCGGAAUAAGUAUCGAAGGGAAGAAAAGGAGAAGGGUGAGAAGGAGACUUUGUUGGUCAUAAGUGGAGAGGGGACAUCUCAAGAUGGUUCCAAGAAAUGUUUGUUGGCCAAACCAAGUAAUUGCUUAAAAGGGGUUGACGAGAGACAUUUCAUGGUGUGUCUUGUCAACAAAGAUCUUCUUCUAAAUGCUAACCAAGCUACUAGCACUUUGCCUAGAAGUAUGUCUUCUCUUUUGCAGGAAUAUGAAGCUUUGUUUUCGAAGGAAAUGCCUGAUGGCUUACCUCCCAUGAGAGGUAUUGAGCACCAAAUAGACUUUAUACCGGGUUCCCAAAUUCCCAACAAACCAGCUUAUAGGAGCAAUCCGCAAGAAACAAAAGAAUUACAAAGGCAAGUGGAUGAACUUCUUAAAAAAGGGCUAGUGAAGGAGUGUCUUAGCCCAUGUGCUAUUCUAGUGAUUCUUGUUCCAAAGAAAGAUGGAACUUGGAGGAUGUGCAUUGAUUGUAGGGCCGUUAAUAAAAUCACGGGUCUUGACCCAUUGGCAACAUUAUUUGUGGCAUAA